UAAACAAGCAAAGCCUUCAAAUCUAUUCUGUCUGUUUUAUUAGUGUUGAAUUGAGAAGCAUAUACACAAAUACAAUGGCUGCAUCAUCUUCCAUGCAAUCAAUAUUUCUUGCUAACUCCGUGGCUUAUGGAGCGGGAAAGAACAAAUGUGUUGGAGUUAUUUCAGUGCCUGCUCUGCAUAGGUACUCUCCUCCCAUGAGGGUACGCUCAAUGGCCAAGGAUGGUCAGAAGGAGCAACCAUCUACUGUGACAAAUGCAUCAAAAAGCCCACCACCACCUCUUACACCUCUUCCUUCUAAAGCUAGCAUAAAGUUCUCGGACUUGUUUGCCUUCAGUGGGCCAGCCCCGGAGAGGAUCAACGGCAGGCUUGCAAUGGUGGGGUUUGUCUCAGCUCUGGCAGUAGAACUAUACAAUGGCCAAGAUGUGUUUGCUCAGAUAUCCAACGGUGGAGUCUCGUUGUUCGUUGCCACUAGUAUUUUGCUCUCCGUGGCAUCCUUGGUUCCUCUGUUUAAAGGGGUGAGCGUGGAGUCCAAAUCAGAAGGGAUCAUGACGUCAGAUGCUGAGCUGUUGAAUGGAAGGCUGGCCAUGUUAGGUCUGGUAGCUUUAGUCUUCACUGAGUAUGUGAAGGGAGGGACUCUAGUCUAGGUCUCAAUGAUUUCCGGUGUUUUUUAAGCUUAAUGCCUUGUAAACAUGUGUUUUGUUUUUUGGGGCUUAAUAUGCCUUGUAAAAGUCUUUCACAUGUAUACUUAUUUAGUGUUUACAAAUGCUUAUAAGAAUAAAGAUAUGU